CGUUUUUGCAUUUAUUGGGGAAAUCGCUCGAAACAAAAGCAGGAGUUCAGUAAUAUAGAGUUCACUAAUGGAGAUCGAUUUUUUUCAACUCAUUUUCUAAAAGUAUACAUUACUAACUUCAAACAAGUCAGAGCGGUUAUACAUCAGUUACCAAUGAAAGGUUUGUUGCCAACUCAUUUUCGUAGCUAAAACUACUUGGGAUUUUUCCAUUAACAAAAAAGACUAAGGCACCAGCUCUAAGAAUUUCUGUAAAAAAUUAAUCCAUUUUCGACAUGAGACCUAUACCACCUGUGUAAAAUUAAAAGCUUUAAUAGCCCAAAAUCCUUUCAGAAAGUAAACUACAAAGAACGUGUCAAAAGCACUAAUCGGGAUGAAAAAAGUUUUCUGCAAAUUUCUACCAUUAAUAUUCAGAUUAUGAGUUUAAUUCAUCCUCAGGUUUGCAAUCCAUGUAUGCUAAACGAAAACGUUAAGCAGAUUUUACCGUAAGCGGUUAGUCCGUGAGGAUCUCCUUCAGUGGCGAAGUCAUUUUCAAUUCUAAUCUCCAUCAACAAGAUUAUAGUUAGUCUCCAUUAAUUACCAGUGUUUUACCAGUGGUUAUGUAGGCGAGAAAGACAGUUAAAAGCUCACGUGUAUUAAAAAAGCGUGUCCAAGGGCCACUCAUGACUUUCCAACAGUUUACACGUAAGUAUGAUUAUAAACGAAAAAUUUCAAAUGGAGAUCGAGCGUUUACAAAGAACAGCCGGUUACAUGUCCUGAAAAACUUUAAGGAGCCAACGUUGAUUCCCUCGUCAUACCACCUUGCUCAAAAGCUAGGCUAUAAACUUCUCUUUCUCGAAUAACAUAAAAAUAAAUUAGCUCUCUAAUAAAUUUCCUUUCCCGUCCUUGUUAUUCAUAUUCGGGUUUAUUCUCAUUUCUCGAUUUUUUUAAUAGUCGAAACACGAAAAAAAUCCAAUGAUGCAUAGGCAGCGUGAUCCCAAUUCACAGGAAAAAAUUCUCAUUUGCAUGUAAAACACAACUUCUAAGAAACCUUAUCUAACUUGUGAUAUUAUACGUGGGUUUUUCUCGGUACCACAAUCAUUAUUAAUGGUACGCAAUCAAAAAAUACCAAAAAACUAAAAUCAGAUUACAUGACAGGAAAGUGUCAAGCUUUACAUGAUUUAACUUUCGCUCAGAUAAAAAGUAUGAAGCCUAAUAUUUGAAAAAGUUUCAAAAUCUCACCGUUUGUGGUCCGCUGCUAAAGGCCCACGCGUCGGUGAGGAACUCAGGUGUUCUGAAAUCCAAGGCGAAGAAAAAACCCGUACAUGAACAUUCUUUACAUAGCAUUAUUUGUUUACUAAUCAGCACUGUUAUUCACUGUUUUGGGAACCAUCCUGAUGUAAAACAAAGUUUGUGAUCUGAUUCAUUUACCUCUGAAAUACUCAUACCUCGAUAUGUUAAGCCGCCUUGUACGCUAAUGGGGUUAUUCAGUCGCAUUGAUAACAAUUCUAAACUGAUUAUGAAUUCGGAUUGUGGCGGGCUUUCUGUAUAAUAAUCUCCGCUGUAACAAUCAAAAGGGCAGUCAAAUGUAAAUCUUAAAUGAGCGACGAAUUUGUGCCCAGGGCCAGAUAAGAGCUCAGAUAAUCAUGUUUCUUUGCCGCAAUAUUCAAGGACUACAUUACCUGUGCAUGCACUUGGUAAAAUAGUCUCUGAAAAGCCGAUAAAAGUUUCAAAUUAAACAGCAACUUGUUAAAUUUUAAAACUGACAAUUUUUUUAAGUAUAAAAGGUGAAAGAAAAGUUGUUGAAUUUUAAAACAUCAAUAAGUUUAUCAUGGUAAAGCAACAACUAGCUUUUGGGAACGUUUACUUGAAAAUCAGAGCUGGGAUAUGUCAACAGUACAUUAAUUAAAAGGCGCUCACGUGUGUCUUGCUUACGUAGCUGCAUGGUAAUAGAAGUACUGGUAAUAACAACAUUUCUACUAGUAAUCAGUACAGCAAUAAUAAUGAUGAUGAUAUUCACACUAUUUUAAAGUUUUUCGUAGUCUAAUAAAAAGGAUUAAAUUUUCGUUCACCUUAAGUAUAUAUCCCAAGAUUAUAAAUUAAUUUGGAGAUACUAAUAUUAUUCAUACUCGACAAAAAAUUUCUCUUUUCCAGCGGAAAUAACUUACUCUUUCGGUAAGCACAAUUAGAGCCUGCGCGCUCAGUUGAUUGUCGUCUAACUAAUUGCGGGCCAGUUUAUAUUUUCCCAGAAAAAUAAGUAUUUACAUAGACUGUCUCUCAAGUUGGCAAGAACAUCUGCGGUGAAGGGAUGCUAAAUUUCACUUAAAUCGAUAAUCAAAACAUAGCAUCCUCGUCAUCUGCAUACUUAAAAUGAAGAGAUUACAUUUCAUGAAAAAUCGUAGAACAAUUAAGGAUACUUUACAACAAGAAACCUGUUUAAAUGUGGCACUAAGUCAGCUUCUCCGAUCCGUUUAAUAAGCCUCAUUAGCAUAUUGGCUGUUUCAACAAAAUUUCAAAUUACCUCCAGCUGUUCUCUUUAUCAAAGAACUUUUUCAAGAGAAAGUUGUGUCAUACGGACCUCACACAAAGUACACACCUAUCCUUAAAGUAAUUGGCUACUGGGCCGAAUCACAAACACUUCCUCGAAUAUUUUCAGGUUUAAAUGAACUUAUGUUUCUUUAAAACCUCUUUUAAGCGCAUAUGAACACCAAAAUUGAACCUUAAAGUGACGAGAAACCUUGUUCUGUCGCACUUUUUAACACUCAUCGCACUUGUAACAAUUGUCGCCCUUUGUUAUGAAUCAUCUCGCUCUGUCUCACUUUGUAAUAGAAAAAAAUUGUCGCAGUUUGCAUUAAAAAAAGUUGUUGCACUUUGUAAUAAAUUUGGUAUAGAUCGUCGGAGGGCAGGUAGACCCAAUAAUAACCAUGAUCCUUGUCCAUGAUAAUAAUAAUAAUAGUAAUAAUAAUAACAUUAAUGAUGGUGAUAAUGACAAUAAUAAUGGUAUUGAUAAUGAUAGCGAUCUUAAAAGUGACUGGUAUAAAAAUGACGAUAAUAAUAACAAUAAUAACAUCAAUCAGUUGUCAAAUACAACUGAGGGGACAACCAAGAAACCUCGAGUUUGUGUCCAUAAUAGCGAAAGUCCACAGGAACGGGAGUUUGGAUUGGAAAUUAGCUGCCAUGCACAUUAUCUGAUUCUAAGAAAUAGUAGGGUGUCCCUGCGGCAUGAAGUUUGUAGUUAUCACACGAAACCACAUUCUUCACUGUUCGUGUUAUCUAUAAUAUCUGAAUAUUUUAUGCUCGUCAUUAUCAUAAUUAUAAUAAUAAUCAUUAUUUUCAUUGACAGAUAUGACAGAUAUCAUUAGGUCUACGUGUCCUCGAUCAUUUAUACAAAGUUGAAAACAAGGUGCAAUAAGUGUCAUUACAAAGUGUGACAAUUUCAUCAGAAAGUGUGACAUGCGUCUCAAAGAGCGACAAUUUUAUUAAAUAGUGUGAUGAUCAUUACAAAGUGCCACGAAAAUUACAAGGUGAGACAGAACAAACUUACAUGUGUGGAACUUCAACAUGAUAUUUCAGUAAGAAUUUGCAUGCGAUAAAGAACGUUUACUCUGGAGUUUCAAAAUCCCGUCUCAAUACUUCUUGCAUUACGAUAAGUUUGUAAAAGUCCUUUGCAUCGCUAACCGAUACCUUUGUCUCAAAUCGGGAUUUAGAGAAAAUUUUAAAUUUUUCUGAUUGUUAUCAUUUUUGUAAUAGACCCAUAUGCAAUAAAUGAACCGGAAAAUAAAAAAAAAUUUUCAUUGGAUGCCAACAUGAAAACACCUUAUUCUUCGCCCAAGGCAAUUUCUCCGCUGUAAAUUUGCAAGUUUUAAUUUCGACUGUUCCGCUAUUUACAUUUCACCAGAGUCUGAAAUGGAAAUUUACCUUCCAAAAUCAAUUUUGGCAGUUUUAAGAUUACAAACUAGUUCUUAUUGUAUUCCAGAUGCCAAGGUGUUGAUCCAAAAAACGAAAGAUUCAUUUCUUAAAAUUAAAACGUUUAUCUUCUAAAACGCGGAACUAAGACAUCUGGACUGAACCAGUUGAGUAGAGCUUGAUCGCGGCUAUUACGUCGGGUUUCAUCAUAGCUCGUCUUUCAGACAAAUGGGCUUUUGUACUUUAACGAAUGUUGGCACAAAAUGUUUUUAACCAUUACGAUGAGGCAAUAGCGUAAAGAAAAAAAAACAAAACAGAUAAACAUCCUACUUACUUUCUCUUCUUCUACUGAUUCUUAAAUCGUUUCAGAGAGUUUGUACAGAGAAGAGGAAACUUAACGCUUUUCGUUCUUCAGUCCUCCGCCGUAAAACGUUGCUGCUCAAUUAUUCUCUGUGCAGGGCACUGUUUGGAACUUAGCACAAAAACAAAUAUUGAGCGGGUUGAACCAAGCACAGACUAAAGGCCAGAGGCUCGUUGAUCCGCAUGAUCAGCUGGCUGCCUAUCUUCGUACCCAGAUCUCCCACAAGUUGUAUAAAUUACUCAAUAAUAACUUGCGUUGCUUUCGAGGUGGUUUCAAAAACUCGGACACUAAAACUAACUGAAAACUUGUUUAUGACAACAAACGAGAGACAGAAAAAUAAAUUUCACCGAGCUGUGAUUCUAUGCUUAAAAGAAAGCUCAACAUUGUUUCUGACUCAGUACAUCUGCUAAGUUUUUAAGAUGGUGGUAGCUACGCAACCGGCCAACAAAACGUCCAAAACAAGAAACCGCUCCUAUGGUUAAUGUAAAAUUUAAACUAAGGAGCAAUUAAGUCUACGAGGACCAUGAAAGGCCUGUUAAAUAUUCCAACCAGUCUGACUUCCACAAAUAGUUGACUCCAAACGUUGAGUCAGUGGCCUGCGAUGAACAUCGACUUAAUUUGAAACUCACAAUUCUCAACCUUUUUAAAUUCCCUAGUACAACUCGCUCUAAUGACCUGACGGCUAAAACUCAAAUAAAACGAAAACAACCGAUGAACUGACUGUUUUACACACCUUUUUACCCCCUAACACACCGGAAAAAAUAGAUUUGAAGACGAAGUAAAACAUCUGUUGUAGUUUCCUCGAUAAAAUAGUACACUGAGUGUCCAUAGCAUAGAGAUACUUAUCAUCGCGCACUUUAAAAGAAACGAGCCAUUAGAAGAGAGUUAUUUAAAAGAGUUUUGCGUCUGAGUUAAGUGAUACUUAGAGAUGAAUCCUCACGAAUCAAGAAUUGAGGACUUAUUUCAUCCAUUAUUAAUACUUAAUUUCGGUAGGUUUUGAAAAGUUUCUAUGUGGGAGGCAGAGUUCAAAGCUCCGACUGUGAACGAAGCAAACAGUCACCUUCAUAGGUUUAACAUGCAGGGUCAAGGUAAGAAGCUUAAGAGUUAAAAGCUUUAUUAACAUAUUUACUGUGUGCAUUGCAGUUUUACUGGGACCUCAACUUAAACAGCUCUUUUUUAACGACUGCUAAAUGAUUCUCAAAAUGGACCACAAUCGGUUUCCUAAAUAAUCUUGAGAAGUUUUCGGAUAAUUGAUCGUUUGGGUCACAAUUAACUGGUCUUAUACCGCAAUCUGGUGAAAAAGCAUAAUCGACUUCGGGAUGGCUAUACCUCUGUUAAGUCUUCUUAGGAUAUUUAACUGAAUAAUCACACUGGGAUGAAUCACUCUCUCAAGUUUAACUAAUGUGUUUGAUCAAUUAUUCAUGAGCUUCCGUCGAUUCGCAAAUAAUUAUGGAUAUCGACUCGACUGAAAGAGCGGAGGACCGGAAGAUUUAUUCAACAGUUACGUAAGUCCAAGGCCACCACUCCUGAAACAGUUGCGUGCAUUUAUUUUGACAGGGUACUUAAGAGUGAGACCAGUGCACGAGGCAAUAAACCAACAAACUGCUUAGAUGAUUACCGUAUUCGUAACAAGAUUCACGUCCAAAAAGACUGAAGAAAUAUCAAAUAUCAGAAGUAUAACGAACUCAGUUGUCAUUGAAGUGCAAAUUAAAACAACGUUAUCAUUUUCCCGCAAAUUACGCUUAAAAUCUGUUGUGGGCGGAAAAAUUAAUGCAAAUUUCUGCCCUGUAAUCUUUGCCCACAAUGGAUCAAGGAGAUAACUUUUUUUUGAAACGAAUCUGCUACGUAUGUAUCAAGUUAAUGAUUUCAAAUUAAGUUUUUGCGUUCUUCUGAAAGCUUUUCUAAUGGAAUAUCUGGACUAAUUCGCUUCGGUGUGUUCUACAAUCCAGCUCUAAAUUAGAGAUCAACUGGACAAGAUUAGCAAAAAUCAGGCUUCGUAAAACUCGCUUAGGGUGAACAUCAACUUCCAAGUGCGAAUGUGUUAGGAUUGAGUAUCUACACUUCCCAGUUAUAAUGGGAGCAUAUUGAAAUGCACAAAUUCUGUGAUUUCAAUGCCGUGAAGCUAUUCUCAUAAGUGAUAUUAAAUUGAGUUCUCAGUGCUCCCUGAAGGCUUUUUGUGGUAUAUUCUAACCCACUCGCCCUGAGUACUUUGGCGUCAACAAAUAGCACAAUAUUAAAUUCUCAUAACAACCUAUGAAUAAAAAAAAACUUCUGGUUACAUAAAAUGUCACGCUACUUUCUCUAAAAGUCUUUAUCCUAUUCUUCGUCCUCGGUCUCAAGCGGUGCUGCUGACAAAAAGGUUAAAUUCCAACCAACCAUGUUUUUGUGAUGAAGAGUAAUAUAUCUUCCUAACUUGUAAAGGAGGAAUGGGACUGAGGCUGAUACCCAGUCCCUCUACAGCGCUGUGUCACAGUAUUUUCAGUGGCUUCCUUCAAACAUUGACGCCGAAGCGAGCGUGAAUACAUUCGUUCUAGAAUAGUUCUAAGUUCUCGCAUAAAGCCGAGCGAACCACUACAUAGAUAAUGGCAACUGAAAGUCAAACUCACAGGUAAAUUAAGAAGGUCGUCACCUUCGAUUUGCGCAGUUUCUGUAGGUUGUCAAGCGUUCGCCGUUUGUUUACAAGAAUGAUUUCACUAGGUAACAAACAAAAAGAAUUUAAGGGUGCCAGUUUUGCAGUGUAUUUCACACAGCAAUCCUAGUAUUUUAGCUAGUCUCAGCUUGUUUGAGCAAAUCCUUUGUAAGAUCAAACAUUCAUGCUCUAAGUUAUUCAGAGCAGAUUAACUCUUAAAAUACUUUUAGCGUGCAUAAUUUCAAGCUAGUUUACCUUAAAAAGAUGACAGAAACUUCCAUGAAUCAAGUCUCUUACGUCUUCACAGUCUGUGUGACGGCAUUCUAAUAAACUUCCAACCUAAAAGAAGAAUUUAAAUUAGACUGAUAUAUCAUUAAGAGCAAGAAGUCUGGACUUUAUAAGUAAUCAGAGAAGCUUAAGACAGUGCCUAAUUGACAUGCACAAAGUUCAAAUAUGUCGGAAAUUUUAUUUUAAAAUAAGUUUGUGUUUGAAUUGAAUCGAUAUUCUAAGCUAAGAAAAACUACUUUUCUGUCUUUCAGUGAAGUUUAAUUAAGCUAAUCAUGUGAGGAACUAGACAUUUUUGGGCCAAAUUACUUAAAUAUACACUAUGAGAUGAACAUAAUGUAAAGUUAAGUCAACUAAUGAUCAAGAGGACUUUUCCUAAAGGAAAUUAACCUGAUUUUAGAAGCGUAAGAAAACUAAGAUCGGGCCACUUUCCAAAGAUGGGUUAAAUAUUGAAAUCAAUUUUUUUUGUGUGCUUGGACUUAGCAUACCUGUGUGGUCUCGUUAUCAUCCUCAAAUUCCACAGAGGUAUGUUCCACAAUGGACACAGGAUAUGCAGAACAGAAAUCUUAUUCUGGAAGUAAGUUACUUUUUUAUGUAAAGCAUAUCUUGUUGCAGUUGUUGUACAAAAAAUCAGGGGUUUCUAUAGCUUCUAUAUAAUGGUUAAGGUAACCUCCAAAACUGUUACUUUAUUUACAGAAGUGUGCAGAGUUUAAAGCAAAAAUGGCAUUGUAUGUGUGAAAUAUCAUCAAAUUCAAAGCAAUCUCUGCAGGCUGCUAUUUACACUGGUUGAAAUGGCAAUGCUCAAGGUUUUGCUACCACUUUGAAUUCUUUGCUGAAACCUAACAAACUUGUGGAACUUACAGCGGAGCCAUAAACAACAACCCCUUGUUUCCACAUAUUUCAACUGAUUUUUUUUUUUUUGUAAGAUCCCUUAAAGUGCUGUCCUAGGCUCAUAAUAAGUUAAGUCUGUACAUGAGCCAAGUGGCCCACCCAGCAGGUACUUAUCCCCCUUUCCUUACUAAGAAGCAAAUAGUGGUAUUACUACUUCCCCCUGGAUGGGAUGCUGGUCCAUUGCAAGGUUCCCUCCCCCAGAAUUUCAACAGGCUUCCCUGAUAAUUCAAUGUUACCUAUUUAUAAUCCUGGGUGGAAAGAGGCACUGUGAGGGAAAAGUGUCUUGACCAAGAACAUGGUCCAAUCAUGCAGCCAGGUUUCAGACCUUCUUAACCUGGUGUUUAGGGCACUAACCAUUAGCCCACCACAUCUCCCUAACUCAUAAAUUCCAAGAAAUAUGAAAAGUCUUUCAUACUAUUAAUUUAGCAUAGCUUCUCCUAGUCCUGUUAAUAAGCUCAACUCCCUUUUUUUUCAGAAUUGUAAGCUGGCAAAUUAUCCAUAUGGUCCUCAUGACACAAGUAUUUAUUUGGUUCAUAGAGGUGGGUUAUAUGUUUUUCAAAAUCUCUUACCCCAUAACUGACCAUGAUCAAACACAAAUUCUAUAUCAAAAAUAUUUAUCACUUCAUACUCAUUCUGAGAGAUGAAUUGAUCUUUUCUGUAAUGUUUGUGACAAAAAAAAAUUCUUGUUCAAGAACUAAUCUAGGCCCCACACUGUACAAGGGGUCCAAUUUCCUAACCAUAUGCUAGGAUGUAAGACUUCAGUGAAUAUGUUUGAUAGAGAAAUGUUGUACCAUUUCCUAGGUAAUGAGAGUCUUAAAGAAGAAUGUUGUUGGUUGCUAAGUGACUGAUGCUACUAUGCAAUGAUUUUUGUUCAACCAUUUAACCCCUAAAAGUUACUAGCAUCUAAUUUAUCGCUACAAAAUCACCCUGAAUCAGACAUGAAGGUCACAAGAGUAGAGGAAAUAAUCACCAACUAAAGUAGCUCUUGAUUGUUUAACAAAUUCUCCUUGUCAGCACCUUAGGAAAUGUACAGAGGACAGUUAGGAGAAUAUGCAAACUGAUGUUAGGUUAUAGAGAGUUAAAAGGGUUUUGUUGACAGGAGGUUCAUUAGGCAAUGGAAAUAAGAUAAUCAUCUCCACUACAGAGAAUUCUCAUGCUAAAUUUUGCCUGAGCUAUUUUUUUAUACAGAAAUGGAGCUGUUACCUACCAGAUAAUACUUUCCUUUUUUCCUUCUGCUCUCCUACAACUACAUUUCUUGAUAUAUGAUCAGAACUGAUCCUGAAUGUUUCUUUUUCCAUCAGAACGUUUGAAUAAUGUGGAACCUCAAAAGAUGGUGAAUAGUAAAUCAAUCAGAGUACCACGUGAGCGGUUACUUAGACCUUGGUUCCAUUCCCCUCUCUCCCGUUACCAGAGCAGCUUGAUGUCAAGGAAAACUUGA